AUGUACUAUUUAAUCAAACAUGAUCGCAAGUUUAUGACAUUAUCAACGAAAGUGAAAUGAAAACGAUUAGAACAGGCAAAAAUGGACUAAUAUUCUUAUGAUAUAUUUCUACGUGUGUGACUGUUGGACUACCGAUUUUUUGCACAAUAAUAUUUUGGCUUUAGUGUAUAUUUUUACUUGUUUGUUGAUAUAUUUAUUUGUGCGAGGUCUCUAGAUAGUAGUCUGAAUAUCGGUCAGUUUACUAUUGGGAACGCAGAAAAAUAAACAAGAUGGAGACUGCAACAACCCUUGUGGAUAGCAAGGAUAUUUCUACAAACCUGCAAAUCCUUCAGGACGUGGACGGGAAAAUAAUUCCCAAAACCGAACCGGACACUUGCGAUGAUGACGCGACUUCUGAUGACGACGAUGAGGACUCUUCCGAGGAAACACCGACCACCACUACAACGGAGGAACCAAAUCCGAAAGACGCCAAGAAACCCGGAGUUGGGGUUCGGCGUCAGGAAAAGCCUCCUUACUCGUACAUUGCUUUGAUCGUGAUGGCCAUCCAAGCUACCCCUAACAAACGAUGCACAUUGAGUGAAAUUUAUAAUUUUCUUCAACAAAGGUUUCCAUUUUUCAGAGGAACAUACCAAGGUUGGAAAAACUCUGUCCGACAUAAUCUAUCUUUGAAUGAGUGCUUUAUCAAAUUACCUAAGGGCCUCGGUCGGCCCGGGAAAGGACAUUACUGGACCAUCGACCCUGCAGCCGAAUUUAUGUUCGAGGAAGGUUCCUUUCGUCGCCGUCCAAGAGGAUUCCGAAGAAAAUGUCAGGCUCUGAAGCCUUUCGGAAUGAUCGGAAUGAAUGGGGUGACUCCCGCUGGAUCUCCAAUGCUAGGGUCCCAUUAUGAUUUUUUUCAAAAUACAAAUAUGAAUUCUAUGAACAUGCAAUGUGCAGUGAACUCCUCGCAGCCCUAUGACACGUCAGGGAUGAUGACGUCACAACCCACAGGACUUCACCCAUCAAGCUAUUCCACUGUUCAGCAUCAGUACAAUCAAAAUUGUAGUUUUAAUUUACCCGGGAGUGGAAGAUUCGGGUCCAGUUGUGCUAUGUCCGGAUUAGAGGGGGAUUAUGUUCAGAGUGGACCCUCGGGUAAUCUCCCCUUAUAUGACAGAGACCAUAAUAUGCAAGGUCUUUCCAUGGCGUGGACAACGCAACGUUUUUCCAAACAGCAACCCCUUAGUCCGGCGGGAAGCACAGGUUCCGUUCCCAGUAUAUCUCCAUCCGGUUCCGGGGAGCCUUCACCAUAUGUUACCAACACCAUUACCACAUCAGAACCUAUGGAUCUAGCUCUUGCAGGCAUGCGACUUCAAGCACCUUCUUAUAGCCAGAAUACGUCUUGUGACAGGAAGCCAUAUUUUGGACACUAUGGAACAAAUGCAAUGAAUUCGGCGCUGCACCAUGCGCCAUAUUAUACCGAGAAAUGUGUCAUGUGACUUCGCUGAUCGAAUGAAGAAUUUGCUCAGAACAAAAUCUCGUCUCAUUGGAAAGCGGAAAUAUUUUAUAAAACCAAAAAAAUAUGAUACAUGUAUGAUUCUGGUGAAAAAUGGACUGUGUGUGUUAGUAAUUUAAUGUUGUAUGUGACAUUUUGAUAAUAUUCAUUGUAUUUUUAGCAAUUUGACAUGUGGAUCUUAUUCUAUACAAUGUAUUGUAUAUUUCUAUAUAUAAACUUACACAAAAUAUUCUGA